AUGAAGUUCUCCGCUGUUGCAUUCAUGGCCGCUGUGGCCGCGGCUUCCCCUACCAACAUUAUCAAUGCCCGCAACGAGCUUGCUCUCCGACAGGCCGCCGAGGCUUGCAACAUUGGUUACUGUACCAGAAUGGCGGUACUACUGGUGACUGUCGACGAACUCAUCGCCGCCGCCAAGCGGACAGGCCCCCUUACCAUCGUUGUCUCUGGCGCCAUUUCCGGCAGCGCCAAGGUACGCGUCUCUUCCGACAAAACCAUUAUCGGAGAGAAGGGAAGCUCCCUGACCAAUGUCGGUCUGUAUGUCCGCCAGGUCAAGAACGUCAUCAUCCGCAACCUGAAGAUUGGUGGUGUAAAGGCCUCCAACGGAGAUGCGAUCGGCAUCGACGAGUCCACAAACGUCUGGGUUGAUCACUGCGACCUUUCUGGCGACCUGAGCGGAGGCAAGGACGACCUUGAUGGUCUUCUUGACGUUUCCCACGGCGCUGACUGGAUUACCGUCUCCAACGUCUACUUCCACGACCACUGGAAGGGAUCUUUGGUCGGUCACUCCGACAGCAAUGGCGGCGAGGACAAAGGCAAGCUCCAUGUCACUUACGCCAACAACCACUGGUUCAACAUCAACUCCCGUACUCCCCUCGUUCGCUUCGGUACCGUCCACGUGGUCAACUCAUACUACAACAAGCUCCUCCUUACCGGUGUCAAUACCCGCAUGGGUGCUCAGGUCCUUGUCCAGAGCACUGCCUUUGCCAACAGCCCUGCCGAGGCUAUCUUCUUCGCCGACUCCAAGGAAACCGGCUACGCCGUUGCCGAGGAUGUUGACCUUGGCGGCUCCAAGAACUCUGCCCCUAAGGGAACCCUUACCUCUGCCUCGCUCCCCUACAAGAUCGCUGCCAUCGGUUCCAGCAAGGUUGCCAGCACCAUUCCUGGCACCGCUGGCCAAAAGUUGUAG